UAGUCAGCAAAAUCCGGGUAAUAAACUACGUAGUAAUCAAUGGAAGCCACGAGUUAAGGAGGGAUCUACGGAGGCAGGCAGGCAGGCCUCCCGUCGCAAUGCCAUCCCCCCGCACUUUCUUCUUCUUGCUCGCCCGCUUCCAUCUUCUUGCUCGCCCCCUCCCGUUCUCUCACACGCUCCUCGGCUCGCUCUCUCUCUCUGCUUAGCUUAGCUCAAGAGACGAGACGAGUAUAGUAUAAACGCACCAGCUCCACCUCAAAUCUCCCAGGGCGGCGGGCGGCGCUGCUCGCUAGCUCUUCUAGCAUUCUUUUACUCCUUAUCACGUGAGGUCUCAGUCAGGCUGCUAUAUACGCGGCCGGGCCGCCCCUCUGCUCAAAGCUGUCCCAAAGUCUCACCACGACUCUGCAAAAACAGAGAGAGAGAGAGGGGCUUGUUGCAGAGGGCGGCGGCCAUGGAGGGCGGUGGCAAGAUGGGCUACGGCGGCGGGGGCGGGCAGCACGAGACGGCUCGGCUGCUCAAGGCGCUGAGCCGGACGGUGGAGCCGCGGAACUUCGGCAUCGGCCUCGUCGCCGGCUUCCUCCUUGUCACCUGCGCAUACUUCUCCACCGCCAACUUCGACGCCAUCCACAUCGCGCUCAUGCCUUCCAAGAACGGGAUUGGCUCGCCGCUGACGGCCUUCGACGGCUCCGGGCACCGAUUAGGUCCAGAUUUGGGCGCACAGGACCCGGAGGACGCGCUCUCGAAGCAGGGGAGCAAGGCGGAGGUGCUCGACACAGACGACGAAUUCAGCCGCAAGAUGAAUCUCCCCGCUUCUUCCGGGCCAGAUGCGUCAAUGGGGGACACGGGGAAAGAAGGCGAGGCUUUUCCGGGGGCGCCGCCGAAUGCCACCGCUGAAGGAGGCGGCACUCUUCUUCCUCCCUUGUCGUCGCCCGAGGAAUCCACCAACAGCACGCAAGAACAAGGUGUUCUUGAGGACGAGGAGCUGCAGGUGCAGGAUGCCAUGGCUGCUGCUGCUGCUAAUGCUUCCAAGAAGAUUAGCGGCGGCAGCAAUGGCAGCAGCUCCCCGGCGUCGGUGAUUCAGUCGGACCCUGCCACGAUUCCUGCUCCUGCCCAGCAGAUCCCAACACCUCAGCUGGAGGUCAAGGCUCCUCCAGUUGAGCAGAUUCCUCCAACUCCAGUGCAGCAGCAAGAGGUCAAGGCAACUCCAGUUCAGCUGAUUCCCCCUACCCCAGAGGUUAAGCAGACAGGUUCUUCUUCUUCAGAAGCGGCGGCGGCGCGGCGGCGGCCAUGGAAGCCGCUGUGCGACUUCGCGUCGAACCGGCGCAUCGACUGGUGCGAGCUGGACGGCGACGUGCGCGUCCACGGCGCCAACGGCACCGUCACGCUCGUCGACGCCGCCAUGGCCGCCGAGGAGUGGCGCGUGAAGCCGUACCCUCGCAAGGCCGACGCCAGCGCCAUGCGCUUCGUGCGCGAGAUCACCGUGCGCUCCACGCCGCCGAACUCCGCCAAUGCCGCCCCCGCGUGCACGGAGCGGCACGAGGGCGUGCCGGCAUUGGUGUUCUCGGACCGCGGCUACACGGGCAACUACUUCCACGCCUACACGGACGUGAUCCUGCCGCUGUUCCUGACGGCCAGGCAGUACUCGGGCGAGGUCCAGUUCAUGGUCUCCGACUUCCAGAUGUGGUGGAUCGGCAAGUUCAUGCCGGUCUUCAAGUCCCUGUCCAAUUAUCCCCUCAUCGACCUCGCCGCCGACAGCAGAGUACACUGCUUCAAGCACGUCCAGGUCGGGCUCACUUGCCACGCCGACUUCAGCAUCGACCCUAGCCGGUCCCCCAACGGCUACUCCAUGGUCGACUUCACCAAGUUCAUGCGGCAGACAUACAAGCUCCCCCGCGACCUCGCAGCCCCCAUCAAUGGCGCCCGGCCCCGGCUCCUCAUAAUCGCCCGUGCCAGAACACGCCGUUUCGAUAACCUGGCCGAGAUCGUGCGCGGAGCCGAGAAGGUCGGCUUUGAGGCCGUCGUGUCCGAAGGGGACCACGAGGUGGCGCCGUUCGCGGAGCUGUCGAACACCUGCGACGUCAUGCUGGGCGUCCAUGGCGCCGGGCUGACGAACAUGAUCUUCCUGCCGACCGGCGGCGCCGUGAUCCAGGUGGUGCCGCUGGGCGGGCUGGAGUUCGUGGCCGGCUACUUCCGGGGCCCGGCGGCCGACAUGGGGCUCCGGUACCUCGAGUACCGGAUCGCCCCGGCGGAGAGCUCGCUGUCCGAGCAGUACCCGCCGGACCACCCCGUCUUCACCGACCCCGAAGGGGUCAAGAGCAAAGGAUGGGACUCGCUCAAGGAGGCGUACCUUGACAAGCAGGAUGUUAAGCUUGAUAUGAGGCGGUUCAGGCCGUUGCUCAAGAAGGCCUUCGCUCAUGUCAGGGCCAACAAGAAGCUCCAGUGAAUUACUAAUCGCUUGUUUUUCGUCUUGUAGUCCAGUAAUUAAUAUAUACGUGUAAGUGUACUUAUUAGAGAGGCAGAUUGAGAUCAAGGAGAUGUAAGAUAUGGCGGGCACGGUGAGGAAGAAGAUGAAGUGAGCAGUGGAUGGAGAAGGGUGCGUAGAUUAAUUAGAUGAGGAGGAUGGUCAGAGUAGCCAAGGAAGAAAAAUGUACAAGAGCUUAGAUGAUGGAUGGAUUGAUGUUUUUUUUUGGAGAGGGUAACUCGACCACUGGUAAAUUCGAUUAAUGACUCUUUGUUUGUUUUU